AUGGGCGGAGUCCAGUGCCACGCAGACUGCCUGUCGUGCUCGGGAACGCCUGAUCACUGUGACAGCUGCAGGGACCCACAGGCCUUACUUCAUCUCGGCCGCUGCCUAUCCGUCUGUCCAGUGGGCUUCUACGCCGAAGGACGAGUAUGUGCAGCCUGCCAAUCAUCCUGUGCCACCUGUUCCAGCAGGUGGGAUUGUCAGUCCUGCGGCUCCAGGCUGCCCCUGCUGAACCCCGAUAGGAGUCAGUGCCUGGCUUCCUGUCCACCUGGUUCCUAUCAGCACGACCCAACACACUGUCGCUACUGUCACGAGUCGUGCUCGGAGUGCCGUGGGCCGAGUCAGCAGGAGUGCGUGUCGUGCUCAGACCCGGUCGCCUUGCUGAAAGACGGGGCGUGCGUCCUUGACUGUGGCACAGGUUUCUACAGUCGAGAAGGCGUCUGCCACGCCUGUGAUUCGUCCUGUGCCUCCUGUUUUCCCGACAACCCCAAAUGUAUGAGCUGCCCACCGGGGACUGCCUUGCAUCAUGGGAAAUGUCUCAGCCAGUGUCCAGCUCAGCAUUACCUGGACAGCCAAAGCAGAUGCAGAGCCUGCCACAGCUCCUGUGCCUCCUGCUGGGGUCCCUCGGUAUCCCAGUGCACCUUGUGUCCAGGCGGACUACUUCUCCACCAGGGCCAGUGUGUGGAGGCCUGUGGGGAGGGGCUGUAUGCUCAGGACUACACCUGCCACAACUGUCAUCCCUCCUGCCGUUCUUGUGUGGGACCCCUGGCCUCAGACUGCCUCCGCUGCCUCAAACCGGAGGAAGCUCUUCUUCCGCAAUCGAGUCACCUUCAGCACAGCGUCUGCACAGCUGGGUGUCCCACGCGCAGCUUCCUGGAUGACAUGCAGACAUGCAGAGAGUGUCAUCCCUCCUGCUGGCAGUGUGCUGGGCCAUCUGCAGACAACUGUACGUCCUGUCCCUCCCCGUCCAGCCUGUACGAAGGCCGCUGUGUCCCCACAUGCCCACAAGGCUUCCUUAUUCAGGACAACCAAUGCCAAGCGUGCCAUCCCUCCUGCCAGACCUGCUCCGGUCCCUCCCAGGCCGACUGCAUCGCCUGCCCCCCGCUGGUGUCCCUGCAGAGUGGCCACUGCAGGGCAAACUGCCAAGAGGGGCAUUUCCUUAAUGCUAUCUCUGGAGAGUGCGUCAAGUGCAGCUCGGACUGCCAGCGCUGCACAGCAGACCUCCAGACGGGCGUUGGCAGCAUCUGUCUGUGGUGCAAAGCGCCAAGAACGUGGCUGCUGGGCGAUCACUGUGUCUCUCACUGUCCUCUGGGUCAUUAUGGCUGGCAUGGAGCCUGCACCAAAUGCCAUCCAUCAUGCGAGGCCUGCAGCGGGGCUGGGCCGCUCUCUUGUACUUCCUGCCCUGCCAACGGCGUUCUCUUGCCAUCUGGACUCUGUGCCCCCAAAUGUCCCCUUGGAUACUAUAACAAUGGCCAAAGGAUCUGCCAGGCAUGUGACAGCCAGUGCCUGACGUGCGAGACGCCCGGGGUUUGUACGUCCUGCCGUGACCCGGCCAAGGUGCUGCUGUUCGGAGAAUGCCAGUACGACAGCUGCGCCCAUCAGUACUACCUCAACACCACGACCCGCACCUGCAGAGAGUGUGACUGGAGCUGCAAUGCCUGUAAAGGCCCCCUGAGGACUGACUGCCUGCAGUGCAUGGAGGCCUACGUGUUGCAGGAGGGAGUGUGCACACAGGGGUGCUCCUUUGGCUCCUAUCAGGACGGAGACAGAUGCCUCGGCUGUGAUGAUCACUGUUUGGACUGUCGAGGUCCUGGACAGUGCCAGGAAUGCCAGCCUCCCUACGCCACGCUGCACGGCCAGUGUGUGCUCGAAUGUGGCAGAAACUACUUCCUGGAUGCAUCUUCCAAAGCUUGCAAAUCUUGCUCGUCCGACUGCGUGCUCUGCGACGGGAACGGACUCUGCAGAGCUUGUCGUAAUCAGACCUACCUCAUGGAAGGAUACUGCACUCCUGACUGUGGACAUGGAUACUAUGCAGACCAGAAGACCAGGACCUGUCACGUGAACGCCCACACACCUGCCCUCCAUGUCAACGGGUCCCUGCUGGUUCCCUUUGAUGGUUUUGCCCCGCUGCUCCCCACCCUGCUGCAGGUGGAAGACCCAGACAGUCCGUCUGAGCAGCUGAUCUUUCAGCUUGUUCAGAAGCCGAGUAACGGACGGCUGGUCCUGUUCAGAGGGGAAGAAGGCGAAGAGACGGGAGGCCGAGAAAUAAAGAAGGACGACACGUUCACGUGGGCAGAGCUGAGGCACGGUCGGGUCCGAUUCCAAUACCAGAGAGACAAAGACAGGAGCGGUGAGUUCACCUUGCGUGUUGCUGAUCCCCAGCUGUUUUCCCAACCGAAAACAAUUCAAGUUCGAGCCGUGUCCAUGCAGCCCCCGAGAGUCGUGACCUUCUCUCCUCUUACCGUGGAGGGCCGUGGCAGCCUGGCAACCAUCACCAAGUCGGUCCUGCAGGUCGACGACCCUGACAACGCAGCCGAUGUUCUGGUCAUGGUGCUUGAGCCGCCCCGCUAUGGCCGGCUGACCCGUCUCCACAGCGACCGCGCUCUCAGCCGAUUCAAGCUGGAGGAGCUGUCACGGGAACAGAUUCAGUACAUCCACGACGGCUCGGAGGGGGCAGAGGACGGGGCGGUGCUGCAGGUCAACGACGGCCACAGCUACAAGAAUAUUCUGCUCAGAGUCCAAAUACACCACAAGCCUGGAGACUCUCCUCACAUGCUGUCCAUCCCAGUGACCUGGGUGAAAGAGGGAGGCAUGGUGCGACUCGAUAAAAAGUACCUGCAGACAGACUUCAAAGGAGUCAGCACUGAUAACAUUGUCUACAGCAUCCUCCCCUCAGAGGGCCAACCCAAAUAUGGUGAGGUGUUGCUGGUGUCCAUGCCGGCUGACGGCCCCCCAGAGGGUUGGCUUCCCUCGCUAACAGACGACCGCAGCUUUACAGCAACGACUUCCUUCACGCAGCAAGACGUGAACGACGGCGCGGUCUGGUACCGCCACUUUGGCACCGGCAGCAGCGGUGACUCCUUCCUGUUCCAGGUUUCCACAGAGGCAGAACCAGUCGUUCAGAGCGAUGCUCAGACCUUCACCAUAGGAGUCAUGCCUCAGAUCCCAGGAUUCCCACAGUUGGCCCCCGACUGCGACCUACAGAUCACGGCUCUGGAGGCUCAGGUGACAGAGAUAACGCCUUCAGCGCUGUCCUUCGUCGACUCUGAGACUCCCAGCGAGAAGCUCAUCUACAGUAUCACCAAACCUCUACCAUCGGGACAAGGGACCAUCGAGCAUCGGGACAGGCCAUACACACACGUGCAACAUUUCACUCAGGCUGAUGUGAAUAACGGCAAGAUCAUCUACAGACCACCGCAGGCUCCAUCACACCUCCAGGAGCUCUACCAGUACUCCUUCACCGGCCUGCCGGAGUCGCUGAGCGUUUAUUUCACAGUGUCAGAUGGCGAGCACACCACGCCUGAGCUGGACUUUGCCGUCCUGCUGCUGACAAACCACCAGCAGCCGCCGGUGUUUCAGGUUCUGGACCCGCUGCUGGAGGUCAGCCUCAGAGGACAAGCUGCCAUCGGCGGUCAGCAGCUGGCCGUGAGCGACGUUGACACGGCUCCAGAUGAGCUGGAGUUCGAGGUGGUAGAAGCUCCCGUCCAUGGAGAGCUGAUAAAGACUGACGGCAACACAAAGAUUCGCAUGACUAAUGGUGACACCUUCACUUUCAGCGACGUCACCCGCAAUGUCCUGCUCUACCACCACUCCGGGCUCUCCACCCAAGAUGAUGCCAUCACCUUCUCAGUUAGCGACGGCAUCUCCAUGGCUGCCACAGUAGUGCAGGUGGUGGUUCUAGGCGCUGGAGGCAGCGGGCCACAGCAGGACCCCAUCGCCACGCUCUCGCUGGAAGUGGGCGAGAAAAGCAGCACUGUCAUCAGACGCUCACACCUGGCUUACACGCUCGAGUCAGCGGGAAUCACUUUCCCUGUCAGCUUCAAGCUGCAGAAGACGCUGUACAUCACUUCAAUAGAGACGGGAAGUCAGCCAGUGACUGAUAUCUUCCACUUUGUUGUUUAUGAUGGAGACAACAAUCGCCUUGACAACCAGAUAUGCACCAUCACCAUCACCUCCGCACCAAGACAGCCGCCGUUGGUCACUGUCCGCAGCAGCAUCAAGGUCGAGGAAGGCGGUCGCGUGCAGCUGUCUACCAAUGACAUUACAGUGUCAGAUGUGGACACGCCCCCGAAGGACCUGCUGAUUUGGCUUGUCAGCCCUCCUAAAUAUGGUUUUAUUGAGAACACCAGGAGAGGAAGCUCUGUUGGCGGCUCACAUGUCGUCACCCCUGACGUGCCUUUCUCUGUGGAGGACCUUACAUCUGGCCAUAUCUCUUACGUCCAGGAGAACCAGCUUAACCCUCAAACCAAGCAGGACAUCUUCAGCGUCUACAUCAGCGACGGGCUCAGUCAGACGGAAGCUUUCAGUGUGGAAAUUGACAUCCAGCAGAGUAAAGAGGACAAAGAGCCGGUGGUGUCCGUCAGCAGCAUCCAUAUAGAGGAAAACUCUGGAGUUGUCAUCACCAACUCGUCUCUCAGCGUCCACGAUCAGGACACACCAGAGAACGAGAUCCUCUUCACUAUUAUCAGAAUUCCCAGCUAUGGCAAGCUCCGCAGGCGGCAGUUCUACUCCCAGCCACUGGAGAACGGUCGCGUCCUAACACAGGGCUCCACAUUCACCUAUCAGGAUGUGGUGGAUCAGCUGCUGGUUUACACGCCUGAAACUGUCAGCGGGGGAGCAGACGAGAUGGCCUUCACCCUCACCGAUGGCAUUCACACCCACACGGGCCGCCUGGAGUUCACGAUGGACGUCACGAGGAGCGAGGGACCUCGAAUGACCGUCAACAGAGGACUGCAGCUUCCAGCAGGGUCAUCAUCUAAGAUCACAGAGCAGAAUCUGAAAGGUACUGACAUCGACUCAGAUCACCUGAAGCUCCGGUACAUCUUGACCAAAGACCCCCCAGUCGGCAAGCUGCAGCUCAACAGGAGCAGCCGAGCGGAGAGAGUUUCUGUGAGAGGUCCCAUUCAGAGCUUCACUCAGGAGGACGUCAACAAAGGCCUGCUGCAGUACAGCCACGAGAAGGGGGAGAAAGGAGGAAGCCUGUCGUUCAAGUUCAACCUGCUCGAUCCGGAGGGCAACAAACUGAUCGACCAGUCCUUCUUCAUCAGUGUGCUCGAGGACCAUCUCCCUCCAUCUGUAGUGGUAAACAAAGGCCUGGUGCUUGAUGAAAACUCAGUGAAGAAGCUGACCACGCUGCAGCUGUCAGCCAGCGACCAGGACAGCGAGCCGGGCGAGCUCAUCUACCGUGUCACCAAACAGACGAGCCUGGGGCACCUCGAGCAUACUGCCAGUCCAGGUAGACCAGGCCUAUAUAUAGUGACAGCCGCUCCCCAGAAGUUCAAGAUAGAUAUCCUGCCAGUUGAUGAUGGAACGCCGUUAAUUUUCACCAACCUGGGACUGCAGUGGCUGGAGUACAUGGAUAACAAGGCCACCAAUCUGAUCACCAAGAGGGAGCUGCUGACCAUGGACCCGGACACAGAUGAUGGACAGCUGGUUUAUGAGAUCACCACAGAGCCAAAGCACGGCUUCCUGGAGAGCAAGCUGAAACCUGGGAACCCCAUUACCACAUUCACACAAGCCGAUAUCAAUCUGGGUCUGAUCCGGUACGUGCUUCAUCAAGAGAACGUCCAGGAAACCAUGGACAACUUCAAGUUCCUGGUCAAAGACAGCAAACCAAAUGUGGUCAGUGACAACGUCUUCCACAUCCAGUGGUCCCUCAUCAGCUUUGAGCACAAAAGCUACAAUGUGAGUGAGAAGGCCGGCACAGUGGCGGUGACCGUGAAGCGAACCGGUAAUCUCAACCAGUACGCCAUCGUGCUCUGCCGCACUGAACAGGGCAGCGCCACCUCCACGAGCAGCGUCGGAUCCAGACCUGGACAGCAGGACUACGUGGAAUAUGCUGGGCAGGUGCAGUUUGAUGAGCGUGAGGACACAAAGGUGUGCACUAUAGUCAUUAACGACGACAAGGUGUUUGAGGGGAUCGAGAGCUUCCAUGUGGAGCUCAGCAUGCCCGUGUACGCGCUGCUGGGUGGAAACACGCGCGCUGUCGUCAACAUCAACGACACAGAAGACGAACCCACUUUGCAGUUUGACAAGAAGAUUUACCACGUCAAUGAAAGCUCAGGCUUAAUCCAUGCUCCCAUUGAAAGGAAAGGUGAUACCUCCAGCACAGUCUCUGCUCUCUGCUACACCGUAGCCAAGUCAGCACAGGGCAGCAGCCUCCACGCUCUGGAGUCCGGCUCUGACUACAAGAGCCGCGGCAUGACCACCGACAACCGAGUGAUCUUCGGUCCUGGAGUCAGCAUGUCCACCUGUGAUGUUAAGCUCAUCGAUGACAGCGAGUACGAACUGUCCGAGGAGUUCGAGCUGGUGCUUUCAGACGCCUCCGAUAACGCACGCAUGGGCGACGUGUCGGUGGCCAAGGUCAUUAUUGAUGGACCCAACGAUGCAUCGACUGUUUCUCUUGGAAACGCCACGUUUACUUUCAGCGAAGAUGCUGGCACAAUUGAAAUACCAGUGCUGCGUCAUGGCAGCGACCUGUCCUCGCUGACCUCUGUGUGGUGCGCCACCCGACCUUCAGACCCUCCAUCAGCCAGCCCCGGGGUCGACUACAUUCCCAGCUCCAAGAAAGUGGAAUUCAAACCUGGAAAAACUGACGAGACGUGCAGUUUAACCAUCAUGGAUGACAUCCAGAACCCGUCCAUCGAGGGGUCUGAGUCCUUCGUGGUGUUCCUCAGUUCUCCUCAGGGUGCUGUCCUCCAAGAGCCCUAUGAAGCCAACGUCAUCAUCGCGGACACGUUCCAGGACAUUCCUAACAUGCAGUUUGAGAAGAGCUCCUACACCGCGAAGGAGAAGGAUAACCUUCUCCACAUCCCCAUCAUCCGGACCGGCGACCUCUCCUUCAAGUCAUCGGUGCGCUGUUUCACCCGGACCAUGUCCGCCAUGGUGAUGGACGACUUUGAGGAGAGAAGGAAUGCAGAUGAGUCGCGCAUCACUUUCCUCAAAGGAGAGAAGGUGAAAAACUGCACAGUUCACAUCAUUGACGACUCAGUGUUCGAGCCUGAGGAGGAGUUUCAGGUGCAUCUCGGUACACCGCUCAGUGACCACUGGAGCGGCGCCAUGGUGGGAGCCAAUGAUAUUGUCACUGUAACCAUCACCAAUGAUGAAGAUGCUCCCACCAUUGAGUUCGAGCAGGCGUCCUUUCAGGUGAGAGAGCCUCCCGGUCCAGAUGGCAUCGAAGUGCUCAACAUCAAAGUGAUCCGCAGAGGAGAUCUGGACCGAACGUCCAAGAUCCGUUGCAGCACCCGGGAUGGAUCGGCCCAAUCUGGAGUCGACUACAAUCCCAAGAGUCGAGUGCUUAAAUUCACCCCGGGCAUGGACCACAUCCUCUUUAAAGUGGAGAUUUUGUCCAAUGAGGACAGAGAGUGGCACGAGUCCUUCUCAUUGGUCCUUGGGCCUGAUGACCCGGUGGAGGCAGUGCUUGGGGAGAUCACAAUGGCCACAGUGACCAUUCUGGAUCAGGAGGCGGCAGGAAGUCUCAUCCUACCUGCCACGCCUAUUGUGGUCUCUCUCGCUGACUACGAUCAUGUCCAGGAGGUGAUCAAAGAGGGCAGCAAGAAGACUCCCUCUCCAGGUUACCCUCUGGUGUGUGUCACCCCCUGUGACCCUCAUUACCCCAAGUACUCUGUGAUGAAGGAGCGCUGUGAGGAGGCGGGAAUCAACCAGACCCAAGUUCACUUCUCGUGGGAAGUGGCGGCUCCCACUGACACCAGCGGCGCCCGAUCCCCCUUUGAGACGGUCACAGAUACAACCCCGUAUACUAGCGUCAACCAUAUGGUUCUGGACAGCAUUUAUUUCAGCCGGCGCUUCCACGUUCGCUGCGUGGCUCAGGCCAGAGACAAAGCUGGACACCUGGGAACACCGCUGAGGAGCAACAUCGCCACCAUCGGCACAGAGGGCUCCAUCUGCCACACACCCGUCACCACGGGCACCGCCAGAGGCUUCCAGGCUCAAUCCUUCAUCGCCACACUCAAAUACUUAGACGUCAAGCACAAAGAGCACCCCAACCGGAUCCACAUCUCAGUCCAGAUCCCCCAUCAGGAUGGAAUGCUCCCCCUGGUUUCCACCAUGCCGCUGCACAACCUUCACUUCCUGCUGUCAGAGUCGAUCUACAGGCAGCAGCACGUCUGCUCCAACCUGGUCACCCUCAAAGACCUUCAGGGGAUCGCCGAGUCGGGCUUCCUCGAUGAUGUAUCGUAUGACAGCAUCUCCCUGGGGCCCGGCUACGACCGCCCCUACCAGUUCAACCCCAACGUCCGCGAGGGCAAGAGCCUCCAGUUCUAUAAGCACCUCAACCUGAAGAGCUGCAUCUGGACCUUCGAUGCCUACUACGACAUGACAGAACUCAUCGACGUGUGCGGGGGCUCAGUCACCGCGGACUUCCAGGUUCGGGACUCUGCUCAGUCCUUCCUGACGGUGCAGGUUCCUCUCUAUGUCUCCUACAUCUAUGUCACAGCCCCGAGAGGCUGGGCCUCUCUGGAGCAUCACACCGAGAUGGAGUUCUCUUUCUUCUAUGACACCGUGCUCUGGAGGACAGGUAUCCAGACUGACAGCGUCCUCUCAGCCAGACUGCAGAUCAUCAGGAUCUAUAUCAGGGAAGACGGUCGGCUGGUAAUUGAGUUUAAAACUCACGCCAAAUUCAGAGGUCAGUUUGUGCUUGAGCACCACACCCUCCCGGGCCACAAGUCCCGCCUCAUGGCCCCCGACCACCUCGGAGGCAUCGAGUUUGACAUCCAGCUGCUGUGGAGCGCUCAAACCUUUGACUCACCGUACCAGCUGUGGAGGGCUACCAGCUCCUACAGCAGGAAGGACUAUUCUGGAGAGUACACAGUCUUCUUGGUCCCCUGCACUGUUCAACCAACUCAGCCGUGGAUCGAUCCCGGUGACAAACAGCUGUCCUGCACAGCUCACGCUCCAGAGAAGUUUCUGGUGCCGAUUGCCUUCCAACAAACCAACAGGCCUGUUCCUGUGGUUUACUCGCUCAACACGGAGUUCCAGCUGUGCAACAAUGAGAAGGUGUUCAUGAUGGACCCGGCUACUGCUGAUGUGUCGAUGGCUGAGAUGGACUACAAAGGAGCGUUCUCCAUGGGUCAGACUCUGUACGGCAGGGUUUUGUGGAACCCUGAGCAAAACCUGAACGCAGCCUACAAACUGCAGCUGGAGAAGGUUUACCUGUGCACUGGCAGGGACGGAUAUGUUCCCUUCUUCGACCCCACGGGGACUCUGUACAACGAGGGGCCGCAGUACGGCUGCAUUCAACCCAACAAACACCUCAAACAUCGCUUCCUGCUGCUGGAUCGUAAACAGCCCGAUGUCUGUGACAGAUUUUUCCACGACGUUCCUUUCGAGGCUCACUUUGCCUCAGACAUCCCAGAGCUGCAGUCCAUGACGGCCAUGCCAGGUGUUGACGGCUUCACGAUGAAGGUUGAUGCGCUCUACAAGGUGGAGGCGGGGCACCAGUGGUACCUGCAGGUAAUUUAUGUGAUCGGCCCCGAGUCGCGGUCCAACCCCAGGAUUCAGCGCUCUGUGACGUAUCAGCUCAGCCGUUCUAAACGUGACCUGGUGGAUCGCAGCGGCCGGCUGACGCUUGACGAGUCGCUCAUCUACGACAACGAAGGAGAUCAAAUAAAGAACGGCACCAACAUGAAGUCGCUCUACCUGGAAGCCGGGCCCUCCCCCACCUUUAACGCCCACGUGGGCAGCUCCGUGGGGGGAGGUGUGGCCGCCAUCACCCUGCUGGUCCUGGUCCUGCUGGCCUCCUGCUUCCUGUUCCGCCGCUGCCGACGGUUUGCCAAGAAGAAGAGCAAGAAGAAGGAACCAAAAAUCUACGAGGAGUAUCCGCUCAACACCAAAGUGGAGGUGUGCAUGGACAAGUGUGUGGAGAAGAACUUCGGCACCAAGCACUGCACGGUGAGAAACAUCAACGUCCUGAACCGCAACCAGGAGGCCAACAGCAAGGCCAAGGUCAAACAGGUCAACCUGGAGGUCAAACUCCACAACAACCUCAACGACGGCACUGAGGUCUGAAACGCGUGACGAGGAAGGCGAGGAAAAGGUGAAAGUGGAAUUUAAAAAAAGGAAUUUUCUAAAAGAAAGUUUGUACUUAAUGGAAUGAGAGGUUAAUGUAUUUUUAUACCACGUUGAAAAAGGGAAGAGUGUGACGCGCAGGCGACUGGGCUACCUCAGGAAUCCAUAAAACACACAGCUGUGUGAAACAGCCAAAACAUCUGCAUCUGAUCAGCCAAACUUCACCUCAAACUAUGUUCAUUUCAUUACUGUGUUACUUGACAUUUGCAACCUUUUUAGCACCAAAACGGUGAACCGUAGCUCAGACACUGGUGAUUGUUUUUGUAAGAAAAAAAACCACAUUAAAAAACUCUUUCUGCUGCAUUUAUUCACGUCACUGCUAUUCAUGUCCCUGCUGUGGAGGGGGAGCCAGUGUAGGAGUCCUCCUUCAGAUGAACGAUGGGAUCAGAAAGUCCUAGAACAGGCCUUUUAAAUGUCUCCCUUUCAAGAUCAUCUUCUGGAGCAUAGCCAAAUCUUUAUUUUAAAGUUGCUCCCCGAGCUCCUGCUACAUCACUACGUACUGUUCAUGUAUUUCCUGAUGGAUGGAUCCUCCACCCUUGGGUAGAUGUGGGCAUCGUGCGCCUGCAUUUCUGCCGUGUUCUCUAGAAAUGCUGCUGCAUUCCAUGGUUGGAAAAUUGUUGGAAUUCAUUGACUGUAGGUCAAAUAUCAAUGACCCGUCUGCCGGUCGACCAGGAAAAAGAAUAGACAGUCAAUGAGAAAAGUGCUUCUGCCAAGUUCCAAACCAUAAACUGUCAGUGCUGCAGUCCCGGAUGCUCAUGCAACUACCCCAACUUCACAGUAAGACUACAACUUUGUGAUGACUAGCAGUAGUGCUAGCAGCCCUGUUGUUGAGGAAAAGAGUGCCUGAUUGUUGAAUACAUUCACCAUUUUCCACAUACACACAGUUCAAACAGUCAGCUCCUGCCAUGAAGAGCUGUUUUUCUUUAAAUGCAAAGGAACGUAAUAAAAACCCAGCUCUCGUCACCAGCAGCAGGUUUUCCAGAAACACUUCCCACUUCCUCCUGCUGGUCUUGAGGCGUUCCUGAGCUGGAUCUCUCCAAUUAGUUUUGGGCGUGCCCAGUAAACCUCCAAUAGUUGGUAGGCAGUCUCCAAACCUCCUCAGCUUCUCCUCUGGUCUGAACCACAUCGCACAUAUCAGGAGUUAAAUCAUCUGUUUCAUCAUCAGAUGAUCAUCAAAAGGCUUCACAAAGACACAAAGAGAGCGGCUUGUGUCAGGACGCCUGUCAGUUAUUGUGGCCACGCCCUUAAUUCCAAUAUCCAAAAACACACAAAACAAUUGGCAUCUUAUUAUAAAUGUAAACUACCAAUAGAAGCAAGGCUGAAAAUGUGCUUUUAAUGCUGUUAAGGUGGGCAUUUUUGCAUGGAGGUCGAUGGGUUUGACUCGCUUUUGGAGCCAUCGUCAAGACUCCAGGCCAUCCCGUCCUGUCCUGGCUCCAUGAGGGGGCCUCAGUUUUCCAUCUCAUGGCAGAGGUUUACCGUCUCUGAAUUAUCUGCUUCACUGAGGGAUUUUUGAAUUCUAUACCUGAGGAUAACGAGUUUAUUCGUGUUCAAAUCAGGGCUUCUCUAGAAGAUGACCUUUAAUGUGACAUCAGCCAAAUUUAAAGCAAUGUUUUCAUGUUUUGGGGUUUUUUGGCUUAAAAGCUGGAACUUUCUGAUCCCCUCUUGUAUUACUAGUGUUGCUCAGUGAUUCUGCAGAUGAAUUAAACAUCAAAAUUCUGGCUCCACAAAAAAGAAACGUCCUUCAGAGAAACCUCUACACGAGCUACAGCUGCUGUUAAAGUGUUUGGCACGUCCGGUGUGCUGCUAUCGCCCGAGAAUGAAUGAGUGUAAAUAACAAAAAUGAAUGACAACCUUUUCAAGUGCAAUUAUGCCAUCUCUUUUGUUAUUUCUGCCUUCAUUAGCAGGAUUUGCAUUUAAAAAAUAAACCUGUUUUUAAGCCUUACUUAGAGACAUUUGUACUGUCACGUUGCUCAACACCAGUUCUUAAUUUUUGAGUUUGUACUGUGCUCUGACAGCUGCCAAUAUUAAGUGCCAUGCAGUAUUUUUCCUCAUGAAUUUCAGAAUAAAUCACCCAAAGUUUUUGUUUUUUUCUGUGACAGUGUACGUAGAUUUUCACUGAUCCCGUCCACACGAUCGACUGCUUCAGCCUUACUGUUGUCCUAAUGAAAAUAAUCACUUAUAGGAGAUACGUGUCUACCUGCCUUUGUUCUGCCCAAAGACACAGAAUCCAUUUUCUCACAUCGCUCAGAUAAUUAUUUGUAUUCAUUUAUGUACUUUUAUGUUACCCUCCUGUGAUGUAUUAUGUUACCACUCAGCUACUGAUGUACCUGUAUUAUUUUUUUAAGUGUAUGACACUGGUUCGAGUGCACUGCUGAAGAAAAACACGUUUGUUCUCAUGUGAUGCGUCUUUCUCGCUGAUCCCACCUCCUGUCAUCUUCCCACUGUGUGCCUAUCAAACUACACGGGAGUGGGGAAUUAUGGGAAUGACAUUAUGUUUUUGGUGCUAUCAUUUUGUGGAAAAUGACAACAAUGCUAUCAAUACUGAUGCCUGUAUUUGGUGCCUUUUUUUAGUAAUAAAAAAUAAUCUGAAACU